GCAAAGAACAAAAAGCUAUUUUAGCAGGAUCCCAGCCUCUGGAGACCUCACCACAAUGGUACUAAGUUGGUCCCUCCUGUUAGCUGUCAUCCUGGUGCAUGGGGCUGAGGGCAAGCCUCUUGCAGUCAGAACAGAGCAACAGGCCUACAACAAGCUGUUAGUGAUCUCCUUUGAUGGCUUUCGAUGGAACUACGAUCAGGAUGUGGAGACUCCAAACCUGGACUACUUGGUGCAGAACGGGGUAAAGGCGAAAUACAUCACCCCACCAAUGAUCACUAUGACCUCCCCUUCACACUUCACCACAAUCACAGGCAGAUGGGUUGAAGACCACGGUGUUGUCCACAACAUGAUGUUUAACCCUGACACCCUGAUGAAACUGACCCACAAGGCCACUCAGAAUAGAUCAGAGUGGUGGGACAAUGGGGUCAAGCCAUUGUGGAUUACAGCCCAGGACCAGGGCCUGAGAACCGGCUCGUUCCACUAUCCUGGAGGGGGUGCCAACUACAGCGGCCAGUCAGUCUACCGGUCUUUGGUGGAGUCGCAGUCUCACCCCGAUGGCAACGAGACAGAGUGGCGGGAGAACAUCGAGAUCGUCAUGAACUGGUUCACCAAGGAGAACUUUGACUUUGUCACGCUGUACUAUGGAGAGCCAGACAACGUCGGGCACAAAUCAGGUCCGGAGACUGAAGAAAGACGCGCCGUUAUCAGACAGAUUGACCGCACCAUUGGCUUCCUGCUGGAGGCCAUCGAACGCCACAAUCUGAAGGACAGUCUCAACGUUAUCAUCACCUCGGACCACGGCAUGACCACGAUCAAGAAGGCCCCUCAAGUGGAGGAGAUCAAGCUGUCUAACUACGCUGCUUUAGGAAAACUGGUCAGUUUUGACCUGCUGGACUACGGUGGCUUUGGGAUGAUGAAGCCCAAACCAGGGAAAGAGGAGGAGCUUUACCUGGCGCUGAAGAAUGCUCACCCCCACCUGAAGAUCUAUAAGAAGGCGGAGCUUCCGGAGAGCUUCCAUUUGGCCAAUCACGAGAGAAUCCUUCCACUUAUCGUCUUUGGUGAUCUGGGUUACAAUUUGAACUCGAGGUUAAUAUUUUACAUCAACAAAGGAGACCACGGUUUUACUAACGAGGAGAUGGACAUGAAAACUAUUUUCCGAGCUUUUGGGCCGGAUUUUAAGAAGAACUACCUAGCUGAGCCGUUUGACAGUAUCCACAUCUACCCACUGAUGUGUAAGCUGCUGGGUGUGAAGCCCGCCCCCAACAACGGCUCCAUGACUUUCACCCAGAGCAUGCUGAUUCAGGAUUCAGUUGGAGAUGAGGACAGCGACGCAAUGAUGUCUUCAAACUUCCUGACUGUCAUUGUUUUCUGUGCCUUUGUGGGCUUGAUUUGUCUCCUGUUUGUUUCCUUUGUGGGAUACACCGCAUACAAAAGAAAUAGAGAGCCCAGUGCACAAGAAGAGCAAAAAGUAAAGACUGGUACAACAAAGUUUUGAGUCCAUUCUGAAGGCACACCCUGGACUGGAAGCACAAUGUUCUGCACUUUAAUGUGGGUUAUGGAACCAAAGAGGUGCUCUAACAAUACCAAUGACAAAGAUGAUUACCACAAAUAGACAGAUGUUUAAAAUGCUAUAGUGGCACCUAAGCUUUUACUUUCUGAUUAAACAAACAUCCAGACACUGCACACAUCAGUGGCUACAGACUAAUUAAGUGAUCGCUCAUAUGUGUCUGUCAUCCAAUGAAUCCACCCUCUAGAUAACAGUACCUUUGUAAGACAUAAAAUACUAAACUACAGUGCAAAGAAUGUAGUCAACAGUGAAUUUUAUUUGAGUGAAAAGUUGUAUUGAAUUGUGUAACUAAAGCUUUGGGACAUUUCUCUUCAUCGGUUUACAGCGUCCUCUGCUGUUCUAAUUACAUUAUGAACCACUUCAGUAAAGAGAUCUCUUAUUGGAGAGAACAAACUCCAGGAAUUUCCAAACCUGAUUCGCAGUGUCUAUUACAAAUAAAAUGAAUUUAGGGCUAUGUGAAAAUGUGAAAAACACGCUGCUUGCUGAACACAAAUAUGUGUGUAUGUAUAGGGUUGUAAAUUAUAUUUAAAAAAAAAAAAAACUUAUACAAUAGUAUAAUCGAUGUACAUAAUUAAAAGUCAUUCAAAUAUGUUGUACGAUUUUACAUUGUUUAUUAAAAACUGAGCUGAAUAAA